UUUUUCUUGGCUCGUCCGCGGUGCAACGAAAAGACAAGCAGCCCUGCGGUCGUGUUCUGCAAAUGCCAGGUCCGGCGGGCCGGAGCUUGCGGUUGAGGUCUGGCCAGGAACAUUGCCAUCCGGAGCUGGGUGAUUGAGGUCCGGUGGGGAACACUGCUAUCCUGCACUUGCGGUUGAGGUUCGGAGGAGGAGAAGAAGGAGGAGGACGGCAGCAGACAUUAAAACUAACAACCCUCACCUGACAGGUAGGGAACAGCAGUACGUCACGAAGACGGAAACUAGGGAAGCAGUGAAAGCCGCCGGACUUGGAUCUCGGAGCAGGCUCCUACAUAUGUUCAUAUUGGCCAGCGCUUGCAGUCUCCUGGCUCUUUGGCAUGUCCAAGCGUUGGAGCUCCAUCAAGGCCAUCAGGCGCAACACACCACGAGCCUCUCACGACGGAGCAAGCAGAAGCGCCGCUUUCGCGGCCGGAGCCGACAGAGCCUUGCAGUGGAGAUCCAUCCACAUGGAGAGCAGGUGACUUUGCCCCUGGAGGACAUGUCGUCCGAGUACACGGGAGUCAUCGGAGUCUCGGGCCUAGAGCGCUACAUCUACAUCGGUCCACAUGGAAAUGGGACUGUCAUUGAUACAUUCCCAGACACUCCAUGGGACUGGCAUAUAUGCCUACAUUGGGGUGGUGCCAGGGGGGUCAAUGUAGGCAUAUGGCAGUCCCAUGGAGUGUUUGGGAUUGGGGUGGUGGACCUGGGUUCUUUUUUGGGGUCAAGGUAUGUAAAUAGUCCAGUCCCAUGGGAGUGUGUGGGUACGGCAGUGACAAGCUUUGAGCAGUGGAGCUCUUAGCAGUGGUGUGGGAGAGAGUCGCUGUCGCUAUCCAUCAGUUGUUCUUCCAACAAUUCUUGGGUGUCCAGGUAUGUUCAGGUAGAGGAUGGACACCCCGUAGAGUCGUGUCAUGUGCGAGGUUCCAGGUUCCUACGUAGCAGGCGUAGUGAGUCGGACCGCUGGGCCGACAGGAAGUCUUCGUGUCCUCUUCGCACCCGAAUCGAACCAGGUCAGAACUGAUUUGACCAUCCCAGACGCGACCCGGGACCCUCAUAUGGGGUCGGGACCCUCAUAUGGAGGGGUCCGGACCCUCAAAUCCCUAUGGUUUUGAGGGACCCAUGGGCUGUUUGGAGCGUUUGGGCACAUAACUGUGAACUCCAGAAAACCUGAGACAUCUCUCGAUCCCCAAAUUCAGUGCCUCCAGGGCUGUCAAAGAGCCGGAAGACUGGCUGUAGUUUGAAUUGACGUGGGUACCCCUGGUGAAGAGAUCGAGCCUUUGUGCUCGAAGACAGACGUCGAACAUCUUCAAGCCGAUGAGUUCUUUACCCUUGGAUAUGGCUGUGGGUCAACACCCGUAUCCACAAACCAGGGUAGGUUGCCUCUAUUCAGUUCACUUUUUGUGGUCAACCCAGGUAGCCCGGUUUUGACCCACAACCUAUCUUCCACGAUAAAAGUUGGAAGUGCCUUGCGUCCCAGUCCCGAGUGCUGCCGACCAUCAAACAAUCUUUGAGUCACAAGUGUUCACCGUCGGCCAUGGUUAAUCACAUCCAUUUGUUACCCUCCCC